AUGAGCAAUGCAACAGGAGCAACAGGAUACCGCACUUUAGAUACAAAAAACACGGCCUUGGUGCUGGUAGACCACCAGGUGGGAACGAUAGGCUGGGCGGGCGAAUUGGCCAACGAGCAAGAGCGUGAGCAACUCAAGAUGUGGACGCGGGUGAUGGCCCGUUUUGCCAAAAGCGCGGGUAUGCCCAUCGUGCUGACCAGCAGCAUGGAAGACCAACCCCAAGGCCCUCUGCUGCCAGAGUUCGAGACCAUUAUGCCCACAGAGUACGCUGCGCGCAUCAAACGCAGCGGGGUGAUUAACGCCUGGGACGACCCUGCAUUUGCGGCUGCCGUGCGUGCCACAGGCAAAAAGAACUUGCUAAUGGGUGGCCUGACAACCGAGGUGUGUUUGGUGCCGCCUGCCUUGUCAGCCAAAGAGGAAGGCUUUAACGUGGUGGCGUUGAUGGACAUCUCAGGCGGCAAUACCCGCAUAGGGGCAGCAAAUUCACGCAUUACCUUGCAGCAGGCGGGCAUAGACAUGAUGACCGUGACCCCCAUGAUUACGCAUAUGUUGGGAGACUACACCAACCCAGCGGCAGAGGGAUUUUUCGCAGCCUUUGGCGCGGAAGGCGUUUUUGCGGCAUUUGCUCAGGGCAAUUUGCGCUGA